AUGGCAUAUGCAACUGAUUCCUCUCCGUGGUCAGUAGCCAUUGGUGAUUUCAACAACGACACCAUACUUGAUAUUGUCGUCGCGAAUCUUGGCAGUGACAAUGUUGGUGUAUUUCUUGGACGGGGCAAUGGUUCGUUUUCAAGCCAGAAAACGUUUACGACCGGUUUAAACUCUCAACCAAACGCAGUUGCUGUUGAAGAUUUCAACAACGACACCUGGGUAGACAUUAUUGUUGCUAAUUAUGGCACAAACAACAUAGGUGUGUUGCUUGGGUAUGGGAAUGGCUCCUUCACAAGUGUUAAGCUUUUUUCGACCGGUUAUGGAUCUCUUCCAUUCUCAAUUUCUGUUAAUGAUUUAGACAAUGAUGGAAAAUUGGAUUUCGUCGUUGCCAACGAAGGUGCUGACAAUUUAAACACUUUUUUACAGAUCUGUUAAUAUUACCAUUGCUGGUUUAAGCUUUUUUUUUCAUUGAUUCAUUACUCCUAACUUCUACUUAGCGCUACUAAUAUUUCUUCUAACUAUUUCUGUGUGUGAGUAUAUGUUGAGAAUUGAAAUAUUUUACAUGAAGAUAAGAAAUAUCAAGUGAAGCUAUGACAAUACGUCUACAUUUGACAAAGAAUUUCGUCAGAUGUAUGACAUGGAUAUGCCAAGCACACGAUGAUGUGUUUCGCUCUUGCUUAAUGCUAUCAUCAUAAGAUUAGACAA